AGCUUAGUAUCAGUUGCAGCUGGUACCAACCCUACUUGGAAACCAGUCAAUAUCCACGUUGCACCUGUCACUCUGUUCAGAAUGUCAUCUUUGUGGUGGCAGUCGUUUGUUCUUCUAAUCAGCUUCUUAUCCUUUUCUCAGGCUGGAGACCUUACAGUUACUAAGAAAGUAUUUUUUGACAUCUCUAUUGGAACUAAACCAGUAGGGAAGAUAGUCAUUGGUUUAUUUGGUGAAGCUGUACCCAAGACAGUAGAAAACUUUGUUGGAUUAUCAACCCAUAGCAAAGGAUUUGGAUACAAAGGCAGCAAAUUUCAUCGUGUCAUUCCAAAUUUUAUGAUACAAGGUGGAGAUUUUGAGACAGGCAAUGGUUAUGGUGGGAAAAGUAUAUAUGGAAAAAAGUUUCCUGAUGAGAACUUCAAACUGAAGCACUAUGGGGCUGGAUGGUUGAGCAUGGCUAAUUCAGGUCCUGAUACCAAUGGAUCACAGUUUUUCCUGACUACUGUAGAAACGACUUGGUUAGAUGGUGCUCAUGUUGUGUUUGGCAAAGUAUUACAAGGAAUGGAUGUUGUUAGGCAGAUAGAAAAUGUAGCAACUAAUUCUGGUGACGCGCCAAUUGAACCUGUAACUAUAACAGACUGUGGCCUUGAACCUGCAUUUACUCCAUAUGAUGAAACACCUACUGGGGUCACUGGUUAGGGAUCUUAUUGCCUUCUAUUGAAUUUUGUUUUUCAUGCAGUUUAAAUUCAUUGCAUAAUAAGAACAUGUCAAAAUAUUUUGUUUCUAAUGUAUAACUGUUUAACUAGUUUGUUUAAUAUUUGAUAUAAGAAUAAAAGAACACUUAGAUUUG